AUGACCAAAAGGGGCCGGGGUCAGCGCCGCGAGAAUGCAAACACAAAUAGUGUCGCAGUUGCUGACACAGCUUCCACUCCUGCCACGAAGGGGUGUGUGGAAAAAAAGGGACACGCAGCGGUAGACCAUCUUGAUCUCUUCACUCCGUUGUUGCAGUACUACGUCGCGCUUGCAACAACUGUCGACAACGGCUAUGCUAUCCCCGCCAAUGACGAUGAUGACAAUGCACAGCUGUGCAACGACACCGCGGCAAAUGGCGACAGAAUGAAGAAUGACGUGGCGACCGACGCGCGGCAGCAACUCGCCAGUUUUCCACCACCCCACCGCCGCUAUGAGGUGUUGCAGGCCUUUGUUAUUCCCAACACAGUGAGCGCCUAUCUGCGUCGUGUGCCGCUGCUGCAGUUGCCGUCCUCAGCAUCAGCUGAUGAUGUGGGUGGUGAUGAUGAUCAUGAUGGCAGCAACAAGAAGCGGCACCGGGUUGAGUCCUCAGCCCAUCAUCAUGGUAGCAAUACCAACAACAACAACAACAACAGCAAAGGCAGUCUGGAGGACGUGCUUGCGUCUAUUCGUGGAGCGGCGGAUGCGCGCCUUCCACCCUUUGCAAAUGACGCUGAGUUCAUCGCCGCGCACGAGGGACGGUACGUGUGGAAGGACUGGGCCAGCUACACCUCCAGCAUGGUAUGCGGCAACGGGCAGCUGGAGCGCGUGGUGCUAAUGGCGAAGCUGGACUUGUACUGGCAGUGCCGCCCGUGCCAGAGCGCGGCAGCAGAGCUCUUCACAGAGCACAUCGCCAUGCGACUGCAGAAGAUGCGGCUUUCACCCCGCGUGGUGCGUGUCGCGCAGAAGUUGUCGCUGGUGCAGCACGAGCUGGAGGCACUGACGUACCUCCUGGUGUGUCACUGCGGCUCUGUGUGGCCGCUGAGCUGCGCGGGCAGUGGUGCCCUCACCCCCGCCGCGCUCGCACACCACAACGGCCUCAGUCCGUUCCAGCUGAUGCACUUCCUCGCUGACUACCGCGAGCACAUGAAGCAGGGCAUGCUCCUCUCCGACAUCAAGUACAAGUGCAGCUUCAUGGACUGCAGGCUGGCGAUUCCGCAGGAGGUGAUCGCCGCGCUCUCUGGAGACCGUCUGUCGGAGGAGCAGCUGAUCAAGUUGGAGAAAACGGCACUCGCAGAGAUACUUGUGGCGGAGCGCACACCUGAGGCAGGAAACGCUGGUGGUGCUAGUGUUGUAGACGGUAAAACUGGUUCACCACGAAGUAACAACCCGGAACACAGGCGAGGCGCUGACGAUGAUAUGGCGUCAAACGACAGCAGUGACUGCAGCACAUCUGUACUGGACGCACUUGGUCUUGAGGCGGUGCUGCUGCAAGCGGGUGACGAGGUUGUCACUGAGAAUGUGGUGGCGGAGCGAAUGCAGGGCAUGCCUCCAAACCGAUCUCACCCCUCCCACGAGCAACAGCAGAGCCAUGCAAAGGAUGGCCGCAACGGCAGUGUGGCGUCGUCAACGUCGUGUGCAGUGGCCGCGGCCGCGACAAAAGUGGAAGCAGCAGCGAAUGCGAUCGCCACACACAGUAUCCACACACCCUAUGAGAGCGACAUUGAGUACAUGGAUGAAUCGUUCAAGUUGCUGGCGAACGUUGUGCGUCUUCGUGGGGCGGAGAGCGACAUGAAGGACGAGGAUGAGGCCAUGUUCACGCCCAAGAACAAGGUGGAGGCGACAAUGCGGGAGCUGCGAGGCAAGGUACGCGUUGCGACAGCCGUCCACCAUGCGCGCACGGCGGCGACGAUGAAGGAAGGGAAAUUCCUCCCACGCAUAGAGGCGCUGUCGCAGAAGCUGCAGCUGUCGGAUCUCGAGAAGCGCAUUAUGUUGCUGCUGGUGGGGAAUGUGGUGUCGCACGACAUUCUCAUCGCCAUCAAUGGCCGCUACGUGAUGCGGGAGGGGCAGCGUGUGUUGACUGUUGGCUACAUUCUCUUCGUUUUGUGCGACACGCUGAGGGAGCGUGUGGCGGCGCGCAAGUCCUUCUACCAGUCCGGCCCGCUGCUGUCGAACGGUGUGCUGUCGCUCUCGCUUGACGGCGGCGGCCGCACGUGCUUCAACACGGACCUCAUGGACUACGUUGUUGAUAUUGACCGCAAAAUCGUCGACCACCUGAUGGGCACCGACACCGAGACGGCGGAGAUGGUCCCUGGAUCGCGCCUCUACACACCGACAGUCCCGAUGGCGAACGUUGUGCUGCCCCAUAGCGUCACCGACCUCGUCCUCACCACGAUCCAGCACUACAGUAUGUUCGAGGAGUGCAAACGCAGUUGUGGCUUUGGCGAAGGCCUCGGCGCGAGCACGAGCGGUCUGGUGUUUCUCUUCUACGGCCCGAGCGGCACCGGCAAGACGAUGCUCGCAAACGCCGUCGCCUACGAACUGCACAAGCGUAUCCUGCUUGUCAACCUGCUGCAGUUUAAGAGUGACGUCAAGGCGCCGGAGAUGCUGCGCUUCAUCCUUCGUGAGGCGAAGCUCAACGACGCUAUGGUGUUCUUUGACGAGUGCGAGUCCAUAUUCGAGUCGCGUGAAUCCAACCCGCUCGUUACGUCUAUCCUCGCCGAGUUCGAGAAGUACGACGGGCUCAUCGUGCUCGCGACGAACAAGGCGCAGGUGAUCGACGAGGCGAUGAACCGCCGCAUCUCCCUCAUGGUGGAGUUCCGCCUGCCGGACCAGCAGAUGCGGGAGAAGAUAUGGCGCGCCCACCUCCCGCGUCAUCUCGCGCUGCACGACGACGUCUCCUUGACGUCGCUGGCGCUCAACUACGAGCUCUCCGGCGGCCUCAUCCGCAACGCCACCAUCGCCGCGCUCAGCAAGGCGGUCGCGCGCGAGAACACCACGGCACCGACGCUGCGCAUGCAGGACCUCGAGGAGGGCGCGCGGCUGCAGCUGCGCGGCUUCUUCCUCGCCGCGGAGAAGCCGGCGGGCGCGUCGACGGAGUCGUACUUCACGCCGAAGCGGCCGCUCAGCGAACUCGUGGUGGAGCCGCAGACGCGGCAGGAACUUGACGCGGUGGUGCGUCUCGCGAAGGGGCGCAGCACUCUUUUCUCGCAGUGGGGCUUCAGCGAGGACGACUGCGCGGAUCAGGGAGCGCUGUACCUCUUCCAGGGCCCCAGCGGCACCGGCAAGAGCCUCGCCGCGGAGGGCAUCGCCUACGAGUGCGGGGCGGCGAUACGCCUGUGCAACGUGGCGGAACUGCUGCUGGUGGAGGGGCUCAAGGUGCACGACGUGUUUGGCGAGGCACGCAAGCUCGGCGCUAUUGUGCUCUUCGACGAGGCGCAGGUGCUCUUUAACCACUCCGAGCAGAGCGUGCACGUGGCAAAGCUGAUCCACUACCACGCGAUGCGCUACCCGCGGCCCGUCAUCUUCAUCGCGACAACAGGGACGGCGGAUGCGAUGAGCGUCGACGCGCGUGCGACGCCGCUGCUAUUCCAGCAGCAGAUACACUUCCGCAUGCCGACGCGGCAGCUGCGCCGCGAGCUGUGGCGACGUGCACUCCCGGAGAAGAUGCCGCGCGACGAGGAGGGCAUUGACCUCGACGAGCUGAGCGAGGCGCAGGUGUCGGCGAAGCUCAUCCGCGCCGCGGCAUUCAGUGCGUGCUGCAGAGUGGCGAUGCUGGGUACGGAGAACCGCAGGCUGACGAUGCGGAUGCUGCGCGAGGAGCUGGAGAACAUGCAGCUCAGGGAGAGUCACCGCCGGCCGCGCAGUCUGAUGUUCGCGUAA